AGAAGGCGGCUCGUCACUGGAAUUCCCCUACUUCGGAGUGUUCGGUACUUUCCCUGUACAGGAGGAACCAAACACCAAACAGUACCGGGCCGGAGCCUUCCACUGAGAACACCUUCUCUGAUUAUCCUGCAAGUCUGGAAGUGGAAAAUGAACAACGGACUUAAAGUGGAACCAUUCGAUCAUUAUUUUUUAAAUGGAGAUCCAGAUGGCGGUUUUGAUUAUACUCCAUAUAUAGAGUCUCAGGAUCCUGAGCAAGAAAUCCCAACUGGUCCACACCUGGCAAUCAUAGAGCAGCCUAAACAGCGCGGCUUUCGGUUUCGCUAUGUAUGUGAAGGACCAUCUCAUGGUGGACUACCUGGGGCAUCCAGCGAGAAAGGGAAGAAAACCUACCCAACAGUUAAAAUCUUUAAUUAUGUUGGCAUGGCCAAGAUUGAAGUGGAUUUGGUUACGCACACAGACCCACCACGUGUUCACGCUCACAGCCUUGUUGGAAAACAUGCCAAUGAGACAGGAAGUUGUGUGGUGACUGUAGGGCCUAAAGACAUGACUGCUCAGUUUAAUAACUUGGGGAUUGUCCAUGUCACAAAAAAGAGUCAGAUUGAAAUCCUGAAGGAAAAGAUAAGACAGCAAAUAAUGAGAACCCGUUGUCUCACAGAACAAGAUGAGAAAGAUAUAGAGGGAGAAGUAAAAGAUCUGAAGAAAGUUACAGACCUGAGCAUUGUCCGGCUUCGAUUUACAGCAUAUUUGCCAGACAGCACUGGUGCUUAUACUCUCCGUUUGAAGCCAGUUAUUUCUGAUCCCAUCCAUGACAGCAAAUCUCCUGGAGCCUCUAACCUGCGUAUUUCUCGAAUGGACAAGACUGCAGGGUCUGUAAAAGGAGGAGAUGAGGUGUACUUACUUUGUGAUAAAGUGCAGAAAGAUGAUAUAGAAGUGCGGUUUUAUGAAGAUGAUGAAAAUGGAUGGGAGGCAUUUGGGGACUUCUCACCAACAGAUGUCCAUAAGCAGUAUGCCAUUGUAUUCCGGACCCCUCCAUACCACAAGCAGAAAAUUGACCGCCCAGUGACUGUGUUCUUGCAGUUAAAGCGAAAACGUGGCGGAGAUGUCAGUGACUCCAAGCAGUUUACCUACUACCCUUUGGAUCAAGACAAAGAAGAAGUGGAGAGAAAAAGGAGAAAAGAUAUUCCAUCGUUAAACCACAGCUUUGGUGGAGGAGCACCCAUGGGGGGUGCAGGAGGAGGCGGAGGUUCUGGAGGUUUUGGGCAUGCAGGAGGGAAUAAUAUGAAUUACUCUUAUGGAAGCCUACAUGGUGGUUACUUUACACACACUGGUACGGUCUACCAGAGUGGAUACGCAAUGAAAGCCGACUCCUCUGAGGCUUCACACCAGCCAGUAAACAUUAAGAAGGAGGCUGACAAGACCCCAUGCAGCCCCACACAGGAAAAUGUUCCAUCUUUCCAGAGAGAAUACCAAGAGACCAUACGUCAAGCUCAUAUGUGCAGUAUGAGAAUGCUGUCCCUAGCCCAGCGUACCUCCAAGGCCUUAAUGGAUUAUGCAGUAAGUGCAGACCCUCGCAUGCUGCUGGCUGUGCAGAGACCGCUGACUGCCACUCGGGAUGAGAAUGGAGACACGCCCCUCCACCUUGCCCUUAUACACGGACAGACAGCAGUCAUUCAACAGCUGGUAGAUGUUAUAAGGGGGGUUCCAGAUCAGAAAAUCCUCAACAUAUGCAACAACCUUCAUCAGACUCCUUUGCACCUUGCCGUGAUCACCAAACAAUAUCAAAUGGUUGCUUUGCUGAUCAGAGCUGGAGCAGACCCUACUAUCCUUGAUCGUUUUGGAAGCUCUGUGCUACAUUUAGCUGUUCAAGCCGGAGAUGAUAAAAUGCUUCAGGUUCUCUUAGAUCACCAAUUCAGUGGCUACGAAAAUCUCCUCAACAUGCCAGAUUAUCAUGGUUUGUUCCCAGUUCACUGGGCAGUAAAGGUGAAAAAUGAAAAAUGUUUGGAGCGGCUGGUGAAAAGCGGAGCCGACGUCAAUGCUGUAGAGCGUAAGAGUGGGAGAGCCCCACUUCACAUUGCUGUGGAAAUGAACAACCUAAAUAUGGCUGUUACUCUAACCAAAAAACUGGGGGCAAAUGUAAAUGCUCAAACGUUUGGAGGAAAUACACCACUGCACCUGGCUGCUUGUAUGGGUUCUCCAGUGCUGACAAAGAUGCUGGUUAAUGCAGGUGCAAAUGUCCUAAUAGAAAAUGAUGAGCCUGUGGAUAACACAUCAUGCAGUGACAGUGAUGAAACAGACAGUGAUUCUGAUGUGGAUAUGGAUACAGACUCUGACCAGCAAGGAGACAGUGAUUCAGAAGACAAUGGAUCCUUAUUUGAUACAAAUCAGGGGGAUGAAAGAAUACACUACGGAGCUAAGCGGCGUUAUCCUGGACACACUCCACUGGAUCUAACCAAAAGUCAGAAAGUGCGAGACCUAUUAUCUAAACACCCACCUGGUGAUGCAGCUUUGAAGCCACAUGGACAAGCACCAGUGAAUGUGCUUUCUCUGGAAACCAAUACUGUACAGCGCCUUGAGAAACUACUGAACGAUGGCCAGACGGGAUCAGACUGGACAGAACUUGCUUCACGGCUGAGACUUCAGAGCUUGGUUGACACUUACAAAAACACGCCGUCCCCUACAGAGAACCUCCUACGUAGUUAUGAGCUUGCUGGUGGAAGUCUCGGUGGGCUGAUUAAAACACUAGAGUCUAUGGGAGUGAAUGAAGGCGUGCAACUUCUGUGCAGCUCAGAGACGUAUGUGAAGCAGGCAGAUCAAGCCAAAGGGAUCAUGGUUGACAGUGCCUAUGGAAGUGAGUCUGUGGAUAUGGAAAAGUCUGCAGAAUCUGAACCUCAGAAGCCUGCCCUUCUCGGGAGCACCAGGUUGUCCCCAACACAAGAAUUAUCUCCAGGAAAUGAGCCACCAAGCGGCCAAUAAAACAGACAAUGAAACCGGAAUCUUGGAUUCUUCCCACUAACAUGCUAAAGGACACAGUUUGGUGCUUUAAAUGUAUCUGAUAGUGCGAGACACAUAUUUUUAUUAUUCUCUUAAUCUGAAGAUUAUGUAAUCAUUCAGAGGCCUCAGAUCAACGUAGGCAGUGAACUAAAAUCAUAUCCACUAAUGGGUAUAUUUCUGCCAAUCACUUACCCUUGCUACAAAGAGAUGUGAAUUAUGGCACCAGUGGAUGGUCAUAUUGGGACACAAAAAGUGCAGCACUUUGAUCAAUAUCUGGAAAUUGGUCUUCAAUUAAUGAUUUUAUUUUGGUCUAUUCCUCAUCUGUGAGAUGUUCAAUGGAAAAAAAAGACUUGUGAACAGUUAAUGGUGAGAUACUUGUACAGAUAGCUAGAGGUGUAAACAGGCACUUUUUAUUCCUGAGGUAAUGUUCAACAUUUAUCCUUCUCUCUGUUUAUUUGCUCUUAAUACUAUUAUUUAAAAUAUGUCUAUUUUUAUUGUAAAUAAAUUAUGUAAGUUUUUUUUGCAUGUACUUUCCUUUCAGAUCUUGCAUUGAUAUUCUUUUAUUUUCCAUGUACCAUCCUUCCAAAGGAUAAGAUUAGAAAUGCACUCUGUGACCCUGUCCCGCAAUGUAACAGCUGUAAAUACAGUCAUGUCAAUGUAUUUUUGUGAUAAACCAUUACAUAAACCCAC